UGAAGCACCCUGGGAAACCCAGAAGCGUCCUCCCUCUGAUUGGCCGAGCCGUGGAAUGGUGACCUUCAACGGUGUAAACUUCUCCUACAGCAGAGAUGCACCACUGGUCCUCAGAGACAUCAACGCCACCUUCCAACCCAAUGAGAAGGUUGGUAUUGUGGGGAGAACAGGUGCUGGGAAAAGCUCCCUGGUCUCAGCUCUGUUCCGCCUGGCAGAGCCUCAGGGAAAGAUCUACAUCGAUGGUGUUCUGACCUCAGAGAUCGGCCUCCAUGACCUGCGCCAGAAGAUGUCCAUCAUCCCUCAGGACCCUGUUCUGUUCACUGAUACUGUGAGGAAAAACCUGGACCCUUUCAACCAGCACACUGAUGACAACUUGUGGAAGGCUCUGGAGGAGGUGCAGCUGAAGUCUGUGGUGGAGGAGCUGCCUGGUAAGUUGGAGACAGUUCUGGCUGAGUCAGGCUCUAACUUCAGCGUGGGUCAGAGACAGUUGGUGUGUCUGGCCAGAGCCAUCCUGAGGAAGAACCGCAUCCUCAUCAUCGACGAGGCCACGGCCAACGUGGACCCCAGGACAGAUGAGCUGAUCCAGAAAACCAUACGAGACAAGUUCAGAGAAUGUACCGUCCUCACCAUCGCUCAUCGUCUCAACACCAUCAUAGACAGUGACCGCAUACUGGUUCUGGACAGUGGUGCCAUCCAGGAGUUAGACCGUCCCAUCACCCUGCUGCAAAACAAAGAGGGGGCUUUCUACAACAUGGUGCAACAAAUGGGCCCGGCCGAGGCAGCGGCCCUGCUGGAGUCAGCCACACAUGUUCACAGUCCUGACAAAAAAGCACAUUUUUGAACAACUUGUCUGCUGUGUAACACACUCCAGGUCCAGAUGUGAGUAGUAUCUGAGAACAGCUGAGCGACCUGAACUUUUGUCUUAAAACUUGCUUCAUGUGCUUCACAUAGCGCAGUGCUGUUUCAUUCAAAGUUUAUUCAAGGGAGCAUCGUUGAUACACAUCAUGCUACAGCAGCAAUGUUUAUGGGGGAGUAUUUGGGGGAGUAUUUUACACUUAGUGGAGCAUUUUUGCCUGUGACAGUGUUUUCUCCAUGGAAUUGUGUUAUUGGCCAUGUAUCCAACCCCCAACCUGGAGAAGUGGACUGCAGCUCGGGUGUCCCACUUGAAGACUGAGCUUCUGCUGGAAUACUGAUGCAUGAGGCUAAUUAUUCUAUGCUGUAUUACGCUGUAUGAUGUGUCAAAUUAAAGAUAAAACCCAAUAAAUCACUCAAAGCCCAGCCUUCAUUUCACACAGUA